CUUUCUAGUUUCUACCUCUCUCUCUAAACAUUCAAGACCAAACCUUCUAUAUUUUCAACAUUGCCCUUCGGAUAUAUAAAUCCCUUGGAAAAAUUAAAAGAAAGGUGGAAAACGGGGGAUUCGUGGGACACUAGCCUACGACCCAGCCGAAUACUACGAAUUAGAUGAUAAAAUAAAAUUUGUCUACCGAAUCUACCCUUCUCCCUGUGGCUUCUCUUCUCUUGUGAGCACCUUCCCAAUUUCAGCUUCCUUUUAGGUUUUUGCCUGUUUUUUUUUUUGGUUUGUCAAGUUAUUAUUUGUUGGGUUCUUGAUCGCUUUUAUUAAUUUCCACCAUUAUUUUGACCGUUUCUUAGACAGCAAUUUGGAAAUUUCUGAUGCCUGGAUUGAUUUCUUGAAAUCCUGCACUGGGUUGGGGGUUAGGGUUUUAUCAUCUGAUGCUCUUUGCUUUUUUGUUUUUUUUUUAAUUGAGACUACGAUGAUGAUGAAUUGUGGGUGAGACUGAGUCAUAGUUGGGAUAUCCAAUUUGUUUCUGCUCUUCGGUGUAAAUUCUUGAACGAUUCUUCGUCCGAAGAAGAAACAGGAGGAAGAAAGUAAAUUCUGGAAAAUUUCGUAAUAAAGUAGAAAAUAUGUGGCCUAUCUAGGUGAUGGAGUUUCGAUUAGGGUUAGGGUUAGAUAUUUAGAUCUGCUAUAAUCAGCUUGAAUCUUUUCCAUCCUUCUUCUUGAGUUGGUACAUCUGCAAAGAGCUGUCUAUUCUGUUUGGCUGGUUCACAAUCUGGGGAAGCUUUCGAUUCAGCUGCUUUGACUGGAACCCAGGAAAUAUCUGGGAUCACCAUACUGUAGAUGGGAACUGAACUCAUGAGAGUCUGUGUUAAGGAAGAGAAUGAAGAAGUUCCUGCAGUUCCUCCUGGAUUCGAGUCAUUCGCCCCAUUUUCCUUGAAGAGGAUAGAAGAUGGGGGGAAGAGGGGAAGCCCAGAUGGUGUUAGCUGUUUAGAUGUUGCCAGAACUUCUGGGCUGCAGUCAGUGCAAGUAAAACCAGAGCCUUGUACAAUUGAUACAGCAGCAGAGCAUGUUAGUCGAAUUGCAGUAAGCACUUCAGCCUCAACAAGUGUCAGUGGAUCGCAAUCCAUUCAGGUGAAAACUGAACCUCUAAAUAGUGAUGCCAAUAAAAUCACGAAGUCUCUUAGGCGUAAGCCUUGGAUAAAUCAUGGGCAUUCAGAUCGCUGUACAGAUGAUGAUCCUGGCGGCGUGGACGUUAAUCUGAAUCCGAAUUUAAGGACUUGUCUUCCAAAGGGUGUUGUUCUGGCCUUACCACAAUUUGUUUUGUUUCAGAAUCCCGAUAUAAGGACUUGUCUCCCUAAGGGUGUUGUUCGCGGCUGCCCACAAUGCAAGGAUUGCCAAAAGGUUACAGCCAGAUGGCGUCCUGAAUAUGCUCACAGGCCUGAUCUUGAGGAAGCUCCUGUGUUCUACCCUACAGAAGAAGAGUUUGAAGAUACCCUGAAGUAUAUAGCUAGUAUACGGCUUAAAGCUGAACCUUAUGGUAUCUGUCGGAUUGUCCCGCCUCCUUCAUGGAAACCUCCCUGUCCCCUCAAGGAAAAGAGUAUAUGGGAGGGCUCCAAAUUUAUAACUCGUGUUCAGAGAGUUGACAAACUACAAAAUCGAGGUUCUAUGAAAAAGUUAUCCAAGUUCAAUAAUCACACCAGGAAGAAAAGGAGAAUGUGUAUGAGAAUGACAGUAGAUUGUGGGCCUGAUAUUGGGAGUAUAUCCGAGUCUGGUGAUACUUCUGCGGUCGGCUUGGCUGAGACAUUUGGGUUUGAUCCUGGUCCAGAAUUUGAUCUGAGUACAUUUCAGAAGUAUGCAGAUGAUUUCAAGGCCCAGUACUUCAGGAAGGAUGCAGAUCUUGCAAACAAAUCAUCCUUUGUAAAUUGGGAGCCUACGGUGGAGAAUGUUGAGGGUGAAUAUUGGAGAAUCAUAGAGAAGGCUACUGAAGAAAUCGAGGUUCUGUAUGGAGCUGAUCUUGAAACUGGCGUUUUCGGUAGUGGGUUUCCCAAAAUGUCUGGUGAAGUUGGUUCUGCCGUGCAGGACCAGUAUAGUAAAUCAGGCUGGAACUUGAAUAACUUCCCAAGGCUGUCUGGAUCUGUCCUGUCUUAUGAAAGUGGUGAUAUUACUGGUGUACUAGUUCCUUGGCUAUACAUUGGCAUGUGCUUUUCGUCCUUUUGUUGGCAUGUUGAGGAUCAUCACUUGUAUUCACUUAAUUAUAUGCAUUGGGGUGCUCCAAAAAUGUGGUAUGGAGUACCUGGCAAGGAUGCUGUAAAAUUGGAAGAGGCGAUGAGAAAGCAUUUGCCUGAUCUCUUUGACGAACAGCCCGAUCUGCUUCAUAAGCUAGUGACGCAGCUUUCACCAUCGAUACUAAAAUCUGAAGGUGUCCCAGUUUAUCGCUGUGCACAGAAUGCUGGAGAGUUUGUUUUGACCUUUCCUCGGGCAUACCAUGCUGGUUUUAAUAGCGGUUUCAAUUGUGCGGAGGCUGUAAAUGUAGCCCCUGUUGACUGGUUGCCCCAUGGACAGAUUGCGGUAGAGCUUUACCGUGAUCAAGGACGACGGACAUCCAUUUCGCACGAUAAACUACUGUUAGGAGCUGCAAGGGAAGCAGUGAAAGCUCAGUGGCAACUCAAUUUACUGAAGCGGAACACUGCAGAUAACUUAAGGUGGAAAGAAGUUUGUGGAAAGGAUGGAAUAUUAGCUAAAGCACUUAAGACACGCCUGGAGAUGGAGCGGACAAGGAGGGCGAUCCUCUGCAAGUCGUCGCAGACACUUAAGAUGGCCAGCAACUUUGAUGCAACUUGUGAAAGGGAAUGCACCUUUUGCCUCUUUGAUUUACACCUCUCUGCGGCAGGAUGCCGGUGUUCUCCAGACAGGUACACAUGUUUGAAUCAUGCGAAUCAGCUGUGCUCAUGCGCUCCAGGUGCCAGAUAUUUCCUCUUUCGCUAUGAAAUCAGUGAAUUGGAUAUCCUUGUGGAGGCAUUGGAAGGAAAAUUGAGCGCAGUGUACAGGUGGGCAAGAUCGGAUCUUGGUCUAGCCCUCACUUCUCCUGCCGCUGGUAGGAAGAGCAUUCAAGAUGGUAAGGUGUCUCAUUUUCCCGAAGCAUCAUUGUUAGUUAAAGCGAUGAAUUCACAAUCAGCGAAGGAUUUCGUGAAGGAUACCAAGGAGAAAGGGAUCUCUAAUGAUGUCACAUUGGCAUCAGCUAGAAUUCUUGGUGAUUCAACUUCAGAUCACCAACAGAGACUACCUGAAACUGUAUCUGGCAAAGAUGUGAAGGCAUCGUCAGCAUCCUGCAGUCCUCAAGCAAUGGAGAAGGGAGUCAUCAGAUUAACCUUGAGAAAAAGACCCAGUAUUUUGUCUACAGAAGCAAAUAUGUCUAUACCAGGUUUAACCACGCAAGAGGUGUCCUGUCCUGUGGAUGUUUCAGGGAGGUCUGAAGCACGAAAAUCCUCGAAUUUGGUUCACGAUGAAGUUAUUUUUCUUAGUGAUGAUGAGGGGGUUACUCCAAAAAAGGAAGUUCUGGAAAGAGCCAAGGGGAAAGAAGACUUUCGCACUAAGCAUUCGGACCUCUCUGAUAAGCUAUCUUGUUCAGGUGAUAGCCCAUGUAACGACCAUGACUCUCCCAAUGCUGCUGCUGCACCUGUUGUGAGAAAGGGCUCCAUUUGCUCAUCCUCCAAUAAUAGUCAAAGUUUAAGCAGUGCUGCUGUGACGGUGAAGGAAGAAGAGUCUCAUCAAAGCCCUGGGGCAGUUUUGGAAUCUUGUAAUCAACCUAAUAGUUGUCUAAUUGGUUCAAGUACUACAGGAUUUGGUAGGGGUAUUGUGGAUUCUCUCCAUUCAAGUGAAACAACCUGUAAUGGUGACAAUAUAGGAGAUGCUGGCAGCCGGCAGCCGAAUCAAUAUAGCCAUGGAAAAUCUAGCUAUGAAGAUAGGAUGAUGGGGAUAAGUGCAACUUCUAGUCCUAUGGACUUGACUAAGACUACAACAGUGAGUCCAUCUUGCUUGCAGAGUAAUUUGGAUCGUUGUUUGCGCCAGAAGGGCCCCCGUAUUGCUAAGGUCGUGCGCAGGAUAAAUUGCAAUGUCGAGCCUCAGGAGUUUGGAGUUGUUCUUUCUGGGACUACUUGGUGUAACAGUCAGGCAAUUUUUCCCAAAGGAUAUAGGAGCCGGGUUAAGUAUAUCAGUGUCUUGGAUCCAACGAGUAUGUGUUACUAUGUCUCUGAAAUCCUGGAUUCUGGAAGAAAUGGACCAUUGUUUAUGGUGUCCCUUGAGCAGUGUCCAGCGGAGGUAUUCGUUCACAUUUCGGCUACCCGAUGUUGGGAAAUGGUGAGAGAGAGGGUGAAUCAAGAGAUAACAAAGCAGUAUAAAAUGGGUAAACCAAAUCUUGCUCCCUUACAACCUCCCGGGAGCCUAGAUGGCUUCGAAAUGUUUGGGUUCUCAUCCCCUACAAUCGUCCAGGCAAUCGAAGCAUUGGACCAUGACAGAGUUUGUACAGAGUAUUGGGACUCGAGGCCCUAUUCGCGGCCGCAAGGGCAGAUACCACGUCAUUCUCUAAGUCAACCAGCCCAGAAACCAAGUAACGGGGGAGCUGAUGGUGAGGUAGAUGAGAUACUGAGAGGGGUAUUCAAGAAGGCAGACCCCGAGGAACUAAGCAAACUCAAUCGUCUUUUGAAUCAAAUGACGCCGCCAACUUCUGAUAAUCGAGACUUAUUAACCAAACUUGUUAAUGAAGAGAUUCAAAACCGUUCCAAUGGGAGGUAAUUUUGAUUGAUGAAUCAGGUCUUGUUCGUGAGCAAUUUCAGAGGAGGCCGAGGAUGUGACAGCGACCCGUUUGUAGCGUUGUAGGGUUCUUUUCUUUUGUUCUUUCUCCUUCUUUUGGCUGACUGUAAAUACACAUCUCGCCUUUCCAACUCAUACGGGCUCAAUUCAUUUCUUCCAUUGAAACACGGUUUUCUUCCACCGGUGGCAAAUUUCAAGAGGAGACAAAGCACAACCAGAUUGAAAGUUUCCGUUUUGAGGGCCACACCGCAGGAUUUUAGACCAUUCACAGUUUCACACGGUGCUAUGCUGACUGAUCCUAUCUCAAGUAGAUCAUUGCCAACGUCUUUGGUGUUCUGUUCAGACUUCAGAAAAAUUACCUCCUGUCAUUCUACUGCUCUAUUGGAGAUGGGAGGUGGAUUUAUCAGAAAAUGAAAUUUGGAACUCAUUUAAACAAG